UAUUCUGGACCCUGAAGUCCAGUCUUCACCCCUCGUCCUGACUACCUCUUUCUUUGCUGGCUUCAUCAUUGCUGUAUUUUUCUGCUAUUCAUCUGCUUGAGAGCUAUUCCAUUUGCUGCUGUUCAUUUGCGCCCUGACUAUUCUGUUUAUUUACGUUCAGAAACGUGUAGUAAAAAACAAAAUUAGAAGACAUCCACGAUGUCUUUACCUUUCUACCAAAGACACCAUGAGCACUAUGACCGUGCAUACCGCCAUAAAGCACUGCAAUCCACUGUAAGCCAGUACCAAAAGGAAGCAAAGAGCAGAUCUGCUGUCUAUGCGCAAGGAUCUACAGCUUAUGCUAGGAGGUCUGCAGCCUAUCGCCAUGCAUCUGCAGCAGACUUCAGCCUUGAAUCUUCAGCAGCAUACAGUCAUGGCUCCUCAGCAUAUGACCUGGAUUCAACAGCCUACAGCUAUGGAUCUACAGCCUAUGAUCACUCUGCUGCACAGAGUAAAAGAUCUGCUGCCUACAGCCUUGAUUCUGAAUCCCUCAGCAAGAGGUCAGCUGCCUACAGCCAUGGAUCUGAAUCCAUCAACAAGCUGGCUGCAGCCUACAGGCUGGGAUCUGAAACCUACAGUCUUGGACUGAAAGAUGCCAAUUUAAUGAUUGAAGAUCAAUCCUAUAAAAUGAGUCCCAAAGCAAAGAGAGCAAAACAGAAUUUGAUAUCCGAGGACAAAGAGAAUGAAGCCAUGGACUACUCAGUGCCCAUUUUCACAGGACGAGAAACGAGUAUCAGUGGGAUCACAGACACAGAAGAAGAAAGAAUUAAAGAAAGUGCUGCAUACGUUGCCAAGAGGAACCUUUUUGCCACAGGUGAAGGAGUUAGUGUCAGCAAAGUGGCCAAGUCAACUUCUGAAGAGGCACACCAUGAAAAAAAAUCAAGGAAAGUAGCAAUCCGGGAGUCUGCUGAGCGUGUGGCCCUGAAGAAAACGCUAGAGGAGACUCAGGCAUUCCACAAGAAGUUGAAUCAAGACAAACUUUUACAUCCUCCUGAGUUUGUUAUUGAGCCUCGUUCUCACACUGUAUGGGAAAAGCAAAAUGUCAAAUUUCAUUGCUCAGUGGCUGGCUGGCCAGCACCCCGUGUUACGUGGUACAAAAACAAUGUGCCCAUCGAUGUACAGGCUCACCCUGACAAAUACAUCAUUGAAAGUCGAUAUGGGUUGCACUCACUGGAGAUUAGCGAAUGUGAUUUUGACGACAUUGCUCAGUAUCGGGCUUCUGCUAUGAAUGUUAAAGGAGAAAUUUCAGCUUAUGCUUCCCUUGUGGUAAAGAGGUACAAAGGAGAAAUCGAUGCAAGUCUUCUGUAUGCUGGAACUGUUUGCAUGCCUCUGGGCUUUGGAGUUACCCCUCAUGGCUAUGCUUCCAGGUUUGAAAUCAAAUUUGUCGACGCGUUUGAUGUAGCUUUUGGGAGAGAAGGCGAGACAAUGAGUCUGGGCUGCACAGUUGUCAUCAGUCCUGAUAUCAAGCGCUUCAAACCGGAUAUUGAAUGGUACAGAAAUGGUGUUCUUAUUACACCAUCCAAAUGGGUCCAGAUGCAGUGGAGCGGGGAGCGAGCUGCAUUAACAUUGACUCAUGCGAAUAAGGAAGAUGAAGGUCUUUACACUCUACGAGUGGUGAUGGGUGACUACUAUGAAGAGUACAGUAGUUAUGUCUUUGUUCGAGAUGCUGAUGCUGAAAUCCCUGGAGCCCCUGGCGCACCACUAGAUGUGCGGUGCUUAGAUGCCAACAAAGAUUAUGUCAUUGUCUCCUGGAAGCAGCCCGCUGUUGACGGAGGAAACCCCAUCCUUGGGUAUUUCAUUGACAGGUGUGAAGUUGGCACCACCCACUGGACCCAGUGCAAUGAAACUCCUGUGAAGUUUGCUCGCUUUCCUGUCACUGGUCUGAUUGAAGGCCGUUCCUAUAUUUUCCGAGUCAGAGCUGUGAACAAAGCUGGCAUUAGCCUACCAUCGCGGGUGUCAGAGCCUGUGGCUGCUCUGGAUCCUUCUGACAGAGCCAGACUUAGAAGCCAUCCUUCCGCUCCCUGGACUGGACAGAUUAUUGUCACUGAGGAAGAACCUGCAGAGGGUGUUGUUCCUGGUCCGCCUACAGACCUCCAAGUUAUUGAAGCCACCAAGAACUAUGUUGUGCUUAGCUGGAAACCUCCUGGGCAGCGGGGCCAUGAGGGCAUCAUGUACUUUGUGGAAAAGUGUGUUGCCGGCACAGAGGAUUGGCAAAGGGUGAACACUGAGAUCCCUGUGAAGUCUCCUCGCUUCGCAGUUUUUGAUUUGGCUGAAGGAAAAUCCUACUGUUUCCGAGUUCGCUGUUGCAAUUCAGCUGGAAUCGGUGAACCUUCAGAGGCAACUGAAGCCACUGUGGUGGACGACAAGCUUGAUAUUCCCAAAGCUCCUGGGCGUAUUAUGCCAACUAGGAAUACAGAUACCUCAGUAGUUGUCACUUGGACAGAACCCCCAGAUGCCAAGGAGCUGGUUGGGUACUACAUUGAGUCAAGUGUGGUUGGAUCUGGUUGUUGGGAACCAUGUAACAACAAUCCAGUGAAAGACACGAGAUUUAUUUGCCAUGGGCUUAUCAAUGGUGAGAAGUACAUUUUCAGAGUCAGAGCUGUUAAUGCAGCGGGACUCAGUGAAUUUUCACAGGAUUCGGAGCCUAUAGAAGUGCAAGCAGCCAUUGGGGGAGGAUUGCUUCAUGGUGUGUGUCCUGAACUGAGUGGUAAAGCUGGUGGACUAACAGACUGCACUACCAGCUGGGAAGGCAUGCAUGAGUCCUCCCAGCCUAUCUUUGACACAGAUGCUUUGCUAAAAUGCAGUGCUAUAUUUAAUAAAGACACACUGCCCAGUUGUUCCGAGAAACUGGGGAGUACAAGAGACAAUAACAUGAGAGAAAUGGUUAAGGAUGCUGUCACAUCUACACCACAAACAGUUGCUGCUAAGCAGGCAAGUAAGUCUCAACCCAGGGAUCUUUUGACACUGCAAAAAGUGACAAAGAAGAAAGAUACAGCUGCUCCAUCUCCACCUUAUGACAUCAUGGUGCUGGAGAGUGUUCGUGACUCUAUGGUAUUAGGAUGGAAACAACCUAAAGUUACUGGUGGAACAGAAGUUACCGGCUACUAUGUGAACUAUCGUGAAGUGAUUGAUGGAGUUCCUGGGAAAUGGAUGGAAGCCAACAUUAAGGCUGUUACUGAGAGGGCAUACAGGAUUCAGGACCUGAAGGAAAACAUGGUGUACCAGUUCCAGGUGGCUGCUGCUAACCUGGCUGGGGUUGGGACACCCUCUUUACCCAGCCAACCCUUCAAAUGUGAAGAAUGGACCAUUGCUGUACCUGGGCCACCUCAUGAUGUCACAUGCACAGAAGUUAGAAAGGACUCUUUGGUUUUACUGUGGAAGGAACCAGUUUAUACUGGUCGUAGUCCCAUAUCUGGUUAUUAUGUUGAUAUGAAAGAAACUGAAGCAAAGGAAGAACGUUGGAGAAGUGUCAAUGAGAAGCCACUUCAAAAGAAAUUCUUGAAGAUAGGUGACCUAAAAGAAGGUGUGAGCUAUGUGUUUCGUGUGCGAGCAGCAAACCAGGCUGGUGUUGGGAAACCAUCAGAUGUCACAGAUCCUGUCAUAGCUGAAACACGACCAGGAACCAAGGAAGUGGUGGUUGAUGUAGAUGACAACGGAGUCAUUUCAUUGAACUUUGAAUGUGAUCAGAUAUCUCCAAACUCUAAGUUUGUUUGGUCCAAGAACUAUGAACCAAUUGAGGAUGACUCUCGACUGAACAUUGAUACCAAAGGCGGAAAGUCAAAAGCUACCUUUAAGGAUCUUGGAGAAGAUGAUUUGGGAAUUUACUCUUGUAUUGUCACAGACACUGAUGGGGUUUCAUCAAGCCACACAAUUGAUGAGGAAGAAAUGAAACGCCUACUUGCUCUGAGCCACGAACGCAAAUUCCCAACUGUCCCACUUGCCUCUGAGUUGGCAGUGGAAAUUUUGGAAAAAGGAGAAGUGAGAUUCUGGUUGCAAGCUGAAAAACUGUCUGGCAAUGCAAAAGCCAACUUUGUGUUUAAUGAUAAAGAGAUUUUCAAUGGAGAGAAAUAUAAAAUGAAGGUGGACCAGAAGACCGGCCUUGUUGAAAUGAUUAUGGAUAAACUUGAGGACAAAGAUGAAGGGACUUACACUUUCCAACUGCAGGAUGGAAAAGCAACCAAUCAAUCCAGCCUUGUCCUCAUUGGUGAUGUAUUCAAGAAGCUGCAGGAUGAAGCAGACUUCCAGAGAAAAGAAUGGCACAGGAAACAAGGCCCUCAUUUUGUGGAUAAACUGGGAUGGGAAGUUACUGAUGAGUGUAACGUGAUGUUGAAAUGUAAGGUGGCUAAUAUUAAGAAGGAAACACACAUUGUAUGGUACAAAGACGACAGGCAGAUAAUGGUAGAUGAAGAACAUGACUUUAAAGAUGGUGUGUGUACUCUGCUGAUAUCCGAGUUUUCUAAGAAAGAUGCUGGCACUUAUGAAGUCAUACUGAAGGAUGACAGAGGAAAGGACUCCAGUGAGCUAAAGCUUAAUGACACAGCUUUCGCAGAUCUGAUGAAUGAAGUAUGCAGAAAGAUUGCUUUAUCUGCAACAGACCUGAAAAUCCAGAGCACAGCUGAGGGUAUCAGACUGUACUCCUAUGUUAAUUAUUACGUUGAAGAUCUGAGAGUAGGUUGGGUGCACAACGAUACUCAGAUUAGGUUUACAGACCGAGUGAAGACUGGUGUCACUGGGGAGCAGAUCUGGUUGCAGAUCAAUGAGCCAACUCCACAGGACAAAGGAAAAUAUAUAAUGGAACUCUUUGAUGGUAAAACAGCACACAAAAAGACAGUAGAUCUUUCUGGACAAGCAUUCGAUGAAGCCUUUGCUGAGUUCCAAAGAUUAAAACAAGCUGCGAUUGCAGAGAAAAAUCGUGCACGGGUACUUGGAGGUUUGCCCGAUGUUGUCACCAUCCAGGAGGGCAAGGCGCUUAAUCUUUCUUGCACUGUCUGGGGAGAUCCUACUCCAGAGGUCUCAUGGCUGAAGAAUGAAAAAUCAUUUGUAUCAGAUGCUAAUUGCAUCCUGAAAUACGAAUCUGGGAAAAAAGUCAGCUUUACCAUUUCUACUGUGUCCACACUCGACUCUGGGAAAUACAGCCUUGUAGUGAAGAACAAGUAUGGCACAGAGACCAGCGAUGUCACUGUAAUCGUGAUUUCUGUGUCAGGACAGACUGACACAGUCCAAGGACACAAUCAAAAUAAUCUAACUGUAUCUAAAAAGAAAAAAACAAUGACAGCAAGCAAACGGAAUGAUGCGGAAAAGAAAGAUUUUAUUAAGCCACAAGUAGAAGAAAUUAUUGCUACAGAAGAAACACCUGAUCCAAAUGAAUUCCCCCCUGUGGAAACAGAAAAGGAUACAAAAAGCAACCAGCUAGCAGCAAAGAAGACUGAUGGAAAGGCAACAGUGGCCGAAAUGGUUUCUCAGCCCACAGAAAGCAUGGACAGGCAGGGAAAGAAACCACUGGAGAAAAAGCCUUGAGUAAACCCUGCUGUUCUUGAAUGAAGAAUGUGAUAUUGUAAUAAUCUGGAUAAUAAUUUUAAGCCAAGAUUUCACAAGUAGUAGACUAGCCAUGAUAUUUUAACACAGAAGUUUAUUGGUGCUUUUCUUUUAUAUAACAUUUGUAAUACUUCACAACUUUACAUACAUAGUAGACAGGCACUUUUGUCUCCAUACCAUAUCAGUUCCACUGUAGUCACUUCCAAGUAUCUUAAUAAUGAUCCAUGUACUGACACGGUGAUUUUAAUUACUAUAAAAUGUCCAUGAUAAGCAGAAGAGGUUAGAGCAAAUCUUGUCCAGAACUGACAUACUUACUGCUCUGUUAAUUGGUAUCUGUAGGCCAUCACAGCAUGAGGCACGCGCCACUCACUUUCUCAAGAAAACCAUGCAUACAGUUCUCUUAAUGACAUGUGGGCUGUACUUUGCACCAUGAGCAGUUUAGCCGCAGGGGAAGAUCUCCUGAAACACAACUAUCUCCUAUGGAUGCAGGAGGGCAUAAGUAGGUUUUCUUUUGAACCAAGUUUCUUUUGUGUAUACCUGUUUCAUCAGGUGGAUCAGGAUGACAUUUGGCCAUUUCUCAUUACUGAGACUCACGUGACUGCUUGUCAGUUCUCUCCGCUACACUAAUCCCCUUCUGGCCUUCCUGAGGUACUAUGUACAUAGUAUUAACCCAAAGCAUCAACUGCCCCAUACGCUCAUUUCUCUCCACCCUUUUUGCUACAGCAAUCAUAUAUCUGCUGGCAAGACUUGUUAAACACACUGUCCUCCUUCCACUCAGUGACUCAGCCCAAUGCUUUCCCUUCUUCUCCUCACUCAGACCAGACCCACUGGUUUCCUAGAAGAAAGUACAGCUUCACAGUUAGUGUGAGGAAUAAACAUAAGCCACGAAUCUCUGCUUUAAAUCAUUACUGUGCCCAUUCACAUUUAUUACUGUGUUUAUUCCCAUGUUUAUGUACUGAGGAUAUAAGAAAAGAUGACUCAUUUGUGGAUGCUUAAGAUACCUUAGAAGAAGCAGAGUUCAAACUGAAAAACAAACCAAUAAAAACAAAGAUCAGAAUUUAUUUUGCUAAUAUGCAAGGUAAGUUCAACUUUUAAGUGACCAAAAGUUAUUAAACUAAAUAAAUUAAGAUAUUUUAAUUACUAAACAUUUUUAUUGAUUUCAACUCUUAUAAGGUUCAUAUUCUAUUGGCUUUUUCCAGAUGGAUUAUUGAUGAAAGAUUAAUGAUCUCAACUGAUAUUUCUAGGGUGUUAGGUCCCAGACAAAUGUAGAAAUACUGAAAACACAAGAAAUAUGUUUCUUCUUAGAAACUGAUAUUUAUAGAAUUGUUAGCAUGAGAAAAGAAAGAAUCUUAAUAGCAUGUAAACAUGUUAACACCUGAGACAUUGGUGCUUCUGAUGGAAAGAAAUUAAUUUCCUUCCAGUAGAAUUCCAACGGGGUUCUAUUAAACUCUCUUAAAAAGCAACAGAAAGAUUCCUGAUGGAUGAAAUACUAGUUAGAAAGCUUAGAUGGAGGUAGUUAAAAUAAUAACAUUCUGUAAACAAGGUAAAGGAUUUAAAUAAUUUGGAGGGUCCAUUCUGAGUGACAGAAAGAUGUUGCAUGCAACAGAGAAAAAAACUAUGCAAAUGAAAAUAUUGACCGAUACAUAAAAAAGUGGUGAGAGAAACUUAAAAUACAGACAGAACUACAGCUAAAAUCAUCCUACUGGACUUAGGUACUGUUUGACACAGAGCUUCAUUCAGUUCUACAUCUAGGUAUUAUAGUUUAAAUGAGUAGAAAACUGGAGGCCCAGCAGUGAAUGCUGUAAGCAUAGGUCCCAUACAGAAAAGCAGUAAGGAGCACUUUCAUGGUAGGAGACUUUUGAAAUGAGAACCUUAAUACCUGUAGUUUUUCAGGCAACUAUUAUAUUAAACGGUAAAUAUCUAUAGAUGUGUGAUUAUAUCACUCUGCCAGAGAGUUAGAGUCUGGCCUUUCAAAACCUUACAAAGCUGCAGGAUGUUUCACACAACUCUCAGCUGCUCUUUGCCAUGGCAGUUGUUUCAACCUGCCUUAUCUCUCUAAAAAUCCAUCACUUCUUACAGCUCCUUCGGGUUGGGAAUCUAUCUCCCACAAAUAUCAGCGGCAGUGUGUAAGUUAUAUAUAGAACAGAUUGUACCACUGAGAGCCUGAUCCAAUUCCUGCAAAAUGCCACAGGGGUCUUUUCGUUAGUUUUAAUAGAAAACAAGCUGGAUCUCAGAAGCAUGUUCUAAAAAUGCCCCAAAUCUCAGAUUACAAAGCUCAUUUUACUCACCGUGAAGCCAAUGGCAGCUCUCUUUUCUGUUAUUGCAGCAGAAUCAGGUCUUAGCCUUUUGCUGAAAGAAAAAUCAGUCUUUUCCUGGCACUUCAAUUAAAACCUAUGGGAAAUACUUCUGAAAAUUUAAACAAAAACGUACUAGGGGUUUUUGUUGUUAAAUUUGUAUGGUUCCACAAAAAGCUGGAAAAGCAAUUACAUCAGUAUUGUUUGACUGGAAACUAUUUGCCAUCCAGAAACACAGUGUUAUCUGUGUUGAAGGAAAUACACAAAUAAAAGAUAUCAAAGAUUAAAAAUAAAACUUUUUUUAAAUUUUGAUUAUUUAAUCUGUAGUUGUUCACAAAUGUAUAACAAAAUGGUGAAAAUUAUUAAUAAUAGAAUUGUUGAGUGUAUUAAAGUUUAUUAUGUCACCAUGGUUGAAUAAUUUUUGUAUUGCAAUCUAAAUGUAUUAUUUAUAUUCUCUUCUCCAUGAUAACUAUUACCAAUUGUUUCAGUCUCUGUCCAUUACAUAAUUAUAGAAUGCAAAUUAUUUCUGAAGCAACAGAAUCUCCUAUCAAACACACGGAAGCAUUUGAUUGCAUUUAAAAUCAAACACUGGCUGCAAUAUUUACCUGAAGUGCCACUUCUGGAUAUCUUCUUUCUCACCUACAUAUUCCAUUCCAACACAUACACAUAUUUGAAUUUGUAACACCAUUAUAAAUUCAUAUUCUUCUGUUACAACUUUAUUUAACAGUGUGGUAAAGUGUUGCAUUAAGAUAUAUUGCCUAAUCACCUCCCAAAUUUACAAAGGGUGAUUUUGAAGAUGAAAAAAUGUGUGAAAAAUAGGCCUUGCCUUCUACUGUGGUAAAGGCAUUGUGAUUCCAGGUGUCCCCAAGUUCCCAAGGUGUCCCCAAAUCCAAGUGCUUGUUUCGUUAGCCAGUUAUUGAGGAAGAUCUAUCUGUGAUUUGAGACUAACAAACCAUAAUUGGGUAAUUCAUGAAGCCAUAAUCUUUGAAGCAGCUAGUCACAAAAUGAGAUCAUCUUUAAAGCAGGGUAGGGUGGACCUCUGCUCUGUACCCUUGAACAGUAACAGUAAAGCAAACGAAUGAACCGUAUUUUAUCUAAGCUGCGCUUACACUGGCCAGACAUCUGAAACAAAUCUUUCCACACAAGUCUUCUCGUGUUGUUAAAAGGAUAGUAUGUUUUAAGAACAGAAGUAAAAUGUUGUUGAGAGAAAAGAGUAACAAAAGCUGUAAAGAGAAAAAAGUUAGAGAAACUGCUCUGUCCCACAAGGGCUUCUGGAGUUGAAGGUACCGUGAGAGAGACAGUGAGAGGAUGAGACCAGUGGCAAGGAGAGGAAAGAAGGCACCAGAUUUGGCUUAAAACUUCUGCUGACUUUUCCUUUUAUGUCACUUCCCAUUUCAUUAUGUGAGAAGUCUUUCCUGUAAUCUUUCUACUUCUGCAUUUUCAAAUGCAACACCUUUCCUUCUCUCUUUCCUCACCCCGCAUCUUCUAUCACCCCUCCUAUCUGAUAUUGGCAUUUUCAUUUACUGUUUCGCCACUCCCUCACAGGAGCAGAAUAAAACCUCCUACUUACUUAGGCUGUGAUUUUGGCAAGGAUAAGGAACCUCUUAACAGUAAGCCUGGAACCCAAUCACAUCUAUUAUCAGAAGGUGGUUUGUGAAACAUGCUAAUGCUUGACAAAGAAUGGAGAAAUAUUGCUCACAUGAAAC